AUGCUCAGCUCUACAUCAAAGGUCGCAGUCCAUGCCGAGAAUCAAGGUUGCACUUCAAAAAAUAGGGUUAAGCUGUUUGAAGCAGUCUUUUUACAGUUCAAUUCAACGGUCAAGGUUCAAAUCUCCAUCAAGAAUCUAAUAUACAGCCCCUUUUUAGUAUUUACUUACUGCCAAUUGUGUUUCUUUAGUCUACUCGCAGAAAAGCUCGGUAGUAUUUUUACAAUUGAGCCCAACACUGAAGACUCUAUAGUCCAUAAAGGGUUACAGUCCAAAUCAAUGUUCAAAGUUCAAAGUUCAAAGUUCAAAGAAACUUUUUUAUCUGAGCUACAUGUUGUAUCCACUAUCAAGGCCAGGAAUCCAGGUUCUACUUUACAGCAUGGAUUAAAGAUACAUAAGCUCCUAGGAUAUGUGUGUAUCAACAAUGACACUUAUCCUGUGUUUUCACGACCAAAGUCAGCGAUUAACGUUCUUCUUUACAUAAUCGGUAACAGAUAUUCAAAAUUUUACGAGCUUCUAUUUACUGUUUAUAGUAGCUUCCUACUGUUUAAAACAUAUAACGUCAAAAGUCAAGGUUCUGCUAUCAAUCCAAGUUUUCGGACGUAUAAGCCUAUUUAA